UUUAUUAAUGUCGAUCUAGCAAAAGUAGUAGUAGUAGCGGAGCCCGAUGACGUCCUUAAAAAUUAAUUCACUAUAAUAUACAAGGUCUUAUCUCCGAUGUUGAUUAAGCGAAUAUUUAAGGAUGUUUUUUUUAAUUUUUAUACUCAGUUAAAUUGUGAUAACUUAAUACUCAUCAGGUCAAUAGUUAAUACAGUGAAUUCUGGACCGUCAAGUGGUUUUCCUAGAUUAGAUUAUUAAUAAUAAGUAGAUUUAAAACAUGACCCUCCAAGUACCGAACGUCAUCCUCUACCUUGUGGUCGCACUACUUCUACCGGUACUCGCUGUAAUUGCGCUGUUCUUAUUCAUAUUUAGGCAACUAGUGGACUUAUACUUAAAAGUUACGUUAAAAGAAAAAUAUGGCGGUUUAUUAUGCGCUGCAGACAAGGUGUAUGCAAAAAGAAUACCCGCAAAUCCUUUGGUCAUGUUUGGGUGCAGCUACGUCAGAACCGAUACAAAAGUCAAUUUAUUGGAGAAGUUUAGGAAUUAUGCUGAAAAGAACAUCUUAGGUAACGCAGAUGAGUACCUAAAACUGACGUCCACCUUGCACUGCUUCCUUGGACAAGCCUAUCUGCAAAAAGAGACUAUGGAAGUAGAAGAGAUUGCUAAACCAUUUCCUUUGCCAGAAGACAAUGAUGGAAAGUUUAAUGAGGAAUAUUUAAAAAAAUCUGUGGCACAACUAUAUUCAGCACCACUACCCAGAAAUAACACCGCCUUAUUUGAUGUGUUCGUGUCUACCGAACCUUUGGAAGAUUUUCAUCCAAGUGUGCCAGGUUAUGUGUACCCAAUGAUGUUCCGGAUGCACCACUCCGUAGCAGAUGGCGCGAGAUGUAUAACCUUGAUUGCGAAAUGUUGGGCAGACGAGGAGCAAGCGCUCUAUUCCGACCAGUUGACUUUAGGAGAAAAAAGGGAAAAAAAUACGAAAACUGUCAUUGAAAGUAUAAUAAGCCUUACGAGCGAAGCACUAGCCUUGAUCCAGCUUCUAAUAACAGGAACUGUAGCAUUCCUAAAUGCGUCAUUUCUAAAAGAAUGUGACGACAAUAUUAUACACCAGAAAGGGCGUCCUUUAUGCGGCGAUAAGUUGAUUGCUUGGCAAACCGAGGUGGAGAGUUGUCACGUGCAAACUGUUAAGAAUAUCAAAAACAGAAUUCCGAACACGAAGUUUUCGGACGUGAUAUUUUAUUGCGUUUCUGCCGCCAUGACCGAUUAUUUUAAUAUGAAAAACGUUUCUUCACCAGAAAAAAUCUCCUGUAUACUUCCGUUUUUAAUUUUCAAACCGUCAGGAAACGGAUUCCGUCCCAGAGAUCUCAAGAGCGAAUUUACGUUCAUCACCAUCGACUUGUCUUUAGUAAAUCCCUCAAAUGGUUUCACUACUGGACUAGAGAAAGUUAAGACUAAUUUAGAUGAAGGCAAAAAUAGUGUGCUUAAAGAUUUCCUAUACGUAACAGCCAAUUACUUAAUGGCAGUAAUUCCUACGACGAUAUGCCCAUUUGUUUUCGAUACUUCAGCAUACACUGCUGCGAUAAGCAAUGUACCUGGAUGCGAGAAAUUUAAGUUUCUCGGACACGACGUGCUCUCGUUAAUUAUCAGUGCACCAAAUACAAACCAAACUGGUUUAACUGUAACAAUACUAACGCUGGACGAUAAAUUCAAUAUAUGCCUGUUUGCGGAUAAAGCAUUCAUUCAAAAUCAAGAAGACGGACAGUUCAUCGUGGAUCGAGUAGUGAGGAAUAUUGAGAUAUUAAAUGACGAAAGCAAACUCAUAUUUGCGUAAAUGUAAAUGAUUGGUUCAUUUGGAAUAAAUGAUUGUCUUUGGA